UAUCUUUUCGGCGAAAGCGAGCGAAAAACAGAAAGAUGGAGCGUGUUCUCCUUCGCGCGGGCUCGGAGACUGCUUCGUCUCCUGCUUCCUCUCCCUUCGAUCUAGGGAUCUCCUUCGACCGAAAGCAAGCAGGUGUUGACCUUCAAUCAAAGGAAGACGAGAUCUUAGAGGAGAAAAAGUUGAACUCCAAUAUUCUACACCGAAGGUUCUGUGAAUGUUGCUCGCUCAUACAGUCGUCAACCAAUGUAGACCACCGCUCGCAAGUCGUCUUCGACCACCAUGGAUUGUCGUCUGCUCAUGAAGAAAUAUUUUACGGAGUUCCAACGUGUUUUGCAAAACAACAGUGUAUUUUGUGGAACAACGAUACGCUGUGCACCAACACACCUCGAAGACAGUUUACUGGAGUUCCAAUAAUUGUUUCCAACUGCAGUCACUCUCGACCAUUGUGUAAAAAAUAUUAUGCCGUGAAGAAUUAGGUAGUCCUUUCCCACAUGUGGGAGAAGGACUAGUGUAUAUAAUCACCAACUCAUAAUGGAUUGGCAUGAAUGGGCUAGGCUUUGUGGGUUUUUUUUUUUGAGUUUUUCACAUAAAAAUUUUUUGUGUCUCUACUACAUGUUACUUUUAUUGUUUUAGUGUCUGUUGGA